AUGGCCAAGCGGCACUUGGCGGGAAUGGUGCGGUCGAGCCCAAACGUGGUGAAGUUUGACUCCGAACCUGAAGAGUCCUCGCGCCCAAACUCCUCGCCAUCCACGCGGCCUCCCCGCGCGCAGUCCAGCAAUGCGUGGCACGAUGUUAUGGAGAUGUGCCGGAAAGGUUUCACCACUAAAAUGAACAGUGUGGGCAAUGAGAUAUUGCAGGAUGUGCGCAGCGAAGUUCAGCGUGCGGUCGCGCAGCUGAAGUACGAAAUCUCUAGCAUGUUGGAGGCCAGAGAAAAGACUUCCAGCAACAAAAUGGAGUCUGUGCUUCUCAACAUAGACAAGCUACAGAAGACCACCGAAGAAGGGGUCAUGAACAUUCACUUCGAUCUUUCUCCAGUCCUGCAGGAGAUGCAGCGAGUUAACGACAUCCAUGUCGAGGACCGCAAGAGACUGGAAGGACAAAUGGAGAAGCUGGGCCAGCAGAUGAAAGAGGUCCAAGUCCGGGCAGACCUAGAAGAGGAGCGGCUCCAGAAGUUGCUCGAGAAGCAGGAGCAGACGGAGAGUUUGAUCGUCGGCGUGCAGAAGUUCCAGGACAUGCUGGCGCUGUCUAUCGAGCAGACGACAGACGAGGUUCAAAAGUCAGGCGUGCAGGUGCACCAGGACUACGACAGCCUGGUCGCUUUCAACACCGAGACGUCGAGGCAGCUCAUGCAGCGGCUCGAGGAGCCUCUCACCAUGGACACCGCGGAGCUGCAUCGUGAACUCAAGAAAAACCAAGCUGCAUUGUCUGGCGACUUCCGCAUGGUUCUGAGCGAGAUCGGAAAGAUCCAGCAAGCGCUGCAUCUGGACUUCGCGCAGAGAAGGCAUGCAGAAAUCGGAAAGAUGAUCACCGUGCUCUUUGAUACUUGCUUGUCACAGGAGCAAAAGCGUCCAAGCCUCCCGCCCGUGGAAGCUGCGUGCGUAGAGGCGCCAUCACCGGAGCCGAAGCUGGUCGAGGAGCCGAAGGCACGGGCAGUGCCCAGCAGCAGUGCGCAGAGCGGUGCGCAGAGCAUGGGAGUGGGCCACGUGACCGACAAGGAAAUGCCCAGAUCUUCGCUGAAGCAUAGCGCCACCGCACCUGCGGACAAGGACGAAUCGACGUUGAACAUGUCGAUGACCAGUGAGCUGGUCUAUGCGCAUGCGAAGCGCGGGAGUGUUGGUCCUGGAAUGAAUUCAGAGAACGCUUUCUCGGCCAAGAAGCACAAGCGCGUCCGAGAAUUUUGGAGCCAAACGGAGCCAAAUCCUGUGGAAACGACAGCCGUCCAGACAGACCCAGUGAAGUUCCAGGCCCAGCGCGGCCGAAGGAGUACGCACCCGAACGGGGAAAAGACCUUGGCCGCGCCGAAGCCCAAGCCGAAACCCAAACCCCAAAGAGUCUUUCAGGAUGCAGAGGCGAUGAAGCAAAAGGCACGCCAAGCGAGAGUCAAGCCGCAGUACAAUGUUUUCGACCGCUAUUACAAGACGGGCUGCGCGCAGUUCGUCGCCAAGCACUGGCUGUUCGAAUACGCAACUCUGGUCGUGGUGUGCUUGAACACUGUCUGGAUCGCCAUCGACACGGACUUGAACACUUUCUCCAUCAUCACGAAUGCGCCCAUUGAAUUUCAGAUCGCGGAGAACUUCUUCUGCGGCUACUUUUUCUGUGAGCUGCUCAUUCGGUUCUGCGCCUUCCAACAAAAGAGGCAUUGCCUGCAAGACUAUUGGUUUCUUUUCGACCUUUUCCUUGUAGUCCUCAUGGUCGCAGAGACAUGGAUUGUCCCGCUGGUGUUCAAUGCGCUUGGAUUGAGGGAGCAGGACCUCGAAGGUACUGUCAACACUGACUUGCUGCGAAUUCUGCGGCUGGUGCGCAUCCUGCGCCUGUCACGCAUGGCCAAACUGUUGCGUGCUGUGCCAGAGCUGGUCAUCAUCAUAAAAGGCAUCGGAUUUGCAGCGCGCUCCGUCGUCGUAUUCUUUAUGCUGUGGACGAUGAUCAUCUAUGUUUUUGCCAUCCUCUUACGGCAACUGACGCAGAGCCACGAUGUUGGACCAAAGUACUUCUCCUCAGUGUCUCAUUCCAUGAUGACUCUUUUUCUUAACGGCAUCGUGCCCAACCAAGCCAACAUCAUUAACGAAGUUGGCGUGGCCUCUUGGGCCUUUUGGUUGAUCUUGGUGUGCUUUGUGCUACUGGCAUCCGUAACCAUCAUGUACAUGCUGGUCGGGGUGCUCGUGGAGGUCAUGACUGUCAUCUCUGCCACUGAAAAGGAGGGUAUGACAGUGUCUGCCGACAGCAGUAAGCCCGACCACCUUUCCUGGCUUUCUUUCGAUCUGAGCCUAGAUGAUAGCUGCAAGCAGAUAGCUUCAAGUGCAUUGUGGCAAAUCUCUGCCAGCUUGGGUGCGACUCAGUGGCAAUUCUCUGCCAGCUUGGGUGCGACUCAGGUUUUGCUCGAGAUGUUCAUGUUAGUGCCCGAGAGUGACGGUGACCGUCACUGUCGUGAUACCAAGGAGGUGCCGCUAUCCCAGCGUGAGUUCCAAGCUCUGUUGGUCGAGGAGGAGCAUCCUGGCAUUGGGCGAAAAGCAGCAUUCAUGAAGCAUUUCGCGGCCAAUCUCUGUAAGUGUGACUUUGUCGAGUUUGCUCAGAAUCGCCUGGUCGUACAUCAACGGACAGAGACGGAGUUUGUCAUCUAUGAGGACAUGAACAAACUGGGAAAGAGCACCUUGAGCUGCACAUGCGACUCCGACCAGGGCAUUGGGAAAGGCUUGCGACUGUGCCAGGGAGGCAUGACCUUUGAGAACUUGGUCGACACGAUUCUCAACCUUCGUGGCAAGAACACGGCCACGGUGAAGGAUGUCAAGGAGCAAGCUCGUGUCAUCAAGUCCAUGGUGCAGCACACCCUGAAUGCUAACGGGAACAAGGUGAUGGAGGAGUUCCAGGUCUUGCGCACGGAGCUUGCGGCACUUCGGGAAGAAGCCCUGCGACGAGAUGAGGAUGAGGACGCGGAGGCAGAUGAUUUCAAUGCUCUUGGAUUUCAGAUGGAGGAGACGGAGCCUUUCCCUGCCAACUCGCGUGCCUUGCCUGGGAAUGAUGCGAACACUGCGGAGAAGAUUCCGCGGGAGCGCGAGGCAUGGCGACGGCUUCUGGCCCGGGUGGCACAACUGCGCGGAUACCCGAAAGCAGAAGCAUUGCUGCAGGAGAAGCACGCCGAGUUGCCAGCCAUCACAUUUACCUACAAGCUUGCGCAGCGCUACAGUUCUGACACCGAAGAUUUCUCUUUUCUCUGCUAUGGCGCUGCCGGCGCUCCUGCAGUGUUCGGGGCAGAUAGGUCCUUCUACACUGCCAUGAACCUCGCCUCAAGAGACAUCACUGUGGACACGCAGUCCCCGCGAUACUGGGAGCUCCUAGAUGUAUGGAGGAAGAUUGACGGUAACCAAGUCCUGUCGCAGCAAGCAUCGAGCCAGUGCCCUGUUGGCUACCUGACCUUGAAACUUCUCGGCUUCGUCUCCCUACGAGCCGAGGUGAUACUGGAGGAGCUCCUCAAGCUCGAAGGGGUGAUGAUCCACCCGAUCUUGCGAUGCCUGGCCUCUACCCUGGACUGGCACAAAGUGGCCGACCUGGGAUGGCCCCUGUUCCGGCUGCUGGCCCGGGUCGAGAGUCCUGCUCACGAAGAGCUUGGGAUGACAAACCCUUUGAACACCUGGUCCGAAGCAAACUGGUUGAGCGAAAUGCCAUACUUGGAGUUGGUGCAAAGACACCUUGAUGAAGGCAUCGCAGUCCCAGCAGCUGCGAGUGGCUUGUUGCUGUCCUACCCAGAUCGGAUUUCUCCCUACAGCCGCGCCACCGCGCUGCUCGCACUGGCCGAGGUGCUUCGGCCUCCACGAGUAGCCCCAGACCUCGUCGGAGAGGCGGAGCGGUUGAUUCGGCGGGCAGUGUACAUUUUGACUGAAGACUUUUUGGCACCGAAGUACCCGCCAUUGGUGCCCCUGACCUCCCGUUGGCCCAUCUUCCAACUCGCGGACCGAUUAGCUUGCAAGGGCGAAGUUCGCUGGAAUCUGCCGGCACAAGCAGCCCGAAGCAGACCGCGCGUCGCUGUGCUGCCGAUGCCAGAAAAGGUCUCUGAUGUCGUCCGCUCCUGCAGCCUGCCCUACUGCGACCUGAACUUCUUCGAGCUGGUGUUAAGGGCUGUGGCCGCAUCAGCACGGAAAAAGCUACAUCUCGUCGAGGUCGGUGCAAACCUUGGUGAUUGCACCUUUUGGGUGGCAGCGCACCUGGGCAGGCGCCUCGCGUCUGCCACAGCAGUCGAGCCUGUGCCGAGUGCAGCAGCGGCCGUCCGACGAAGUAUCACGAUCAACGGCUGGGAUUUCAUCCAGGUUGUGCAAGCAGUCGCCGGCGCCAAAGCCGGAGAGGGCUCUAUGUACUUCCUUGCACACAGUGCUGGAAAUCCCUAUGCGAGUGCUUCUGCGGUUGCUUUACGAAACGUCGAGACACCGUCCGUACCUGCACGAAUGACGACUGUGGCGAGCCUGCUGUCCUCGCAGCCGCGACCUGGAACGGCACGGCUGCUCAAGCUGUACGCCUAUGCUGACCUCCUGGAUGUGCUGAAGGGAGCCAGGUCGGCGGCAAGAAAGGUGGAUGCCGUGUGGCUAGCAUUUGCAGCGGGGCUUUUGCCCCGAGCGCGGUCGGCAGCGGUGGCCAUGUUUGCAUUUUUCUACCGCCAGGCAGGCUGGUCUUGCCAAGUCUUGGACCUGCGAGCGAGCAAUGCAGGUCGACUGGUGCAGAAGUUGGCGGCCGCGAUGGGUAGCGGAGCAAAAGCGACCCGGCACCUUUGUGUGCCAAUUCUCACGAUCGAAGUAAAGCUCGACACCUGUGAGGAUGCGGCAAUGGCUUGCCGCAACGCAGACCAGCAGAAGUGCGCAUUCCAUGGUCUAUGUGGUGGCGUUCCGGCCGCGGGUGCUUCACUGCAAGCCUUGGCAAAGCUUCAAGCAGCAUGCACCCGCCUCGUGCACUGGCAGAUGAAACCCGAGUUUGGGAUCGUGCCGGCAUCGCGAAAGGCUGCUUUUUCGGUCAGGCCCGAGGCUUUUGUCUCUAAAGCUCUGAAGAGGUCCUACUUCCUCGGUGACGAAGAACUGGAGCUGGAACAGCAGAUCAGAGGGAAAAAAAUGGGAGCGAGCUUGACUUCUUCAACGACUCUGAUGGCUGCCUGCCCCAGCAUGCUAAUUCUCUUUCCCGGUUUCGAGGCACAGCAUAACUUUCAAUAUGCGCUGGCCUGUGCGCUGCAGCUGCAGGGCAUGGGCCACGAGCUGAUAGGGCGCGACGCUAUCGAGCGCGUUUCUGAAGCUCUAACGCAGGGCACUGCAGAGGAGGGCCCUCUCGUCUGUAGCAUGCUGGCGAAGGAGCUGGAGGGAACACGCUUUGACCACCAUUGGGUUUCCCAGGACGGAAAAGGUCGCUACCGUCUGGGUGAGGACGGCAUGAAAGUGGCGGUACAGGUGCUGGACGGUAAACUUCUGAUUCAUGGCUACUUCGAAGGUUCCUUGGUCCAUCCUGUCCGCAUUCCAAUCCUUGCUUUUCUGACGGAGCAUGGUAAAACCUCAGAGAAACAGCCCGAAGAUGACUGUGAUCUCUUCGGUCAAGCUGCACCCGCAACAGGUGAGAAGGAGGGAGGGCAGAUACGGCUGCGCUCCCGCUCACGCAGCCCACGACCAAGCAAGGUACAGGAAACCCCAGUGCAGCAGAGUGGGCCAUUGCCAUUGCCACCGGGAUGGGUCAAGAAGGAGUCGCGGUCGAAGCCCGGCGUUUUCUACUACGCCAACGAGGCGAAGGGGCUAACGCAGUUCGAGCGGCCGACCUCGUAA